UUCCUGUGGGGACGGUAUCAAGGCUCUGUUAAGUCUCUUUGAUUUCCAGCACCUUCCAAUCACAGCGGGGCACUGACUCAUCAUUGUGCCACUUCAAAGCCUGGGAACGGCUCUCUUGACCCCACCCACCCCUCGGCUCUCCUUAAAAGUCAUGGUCACCUCUUUCUGAAGGACUCACCAGCUCUGAAUUAUCUCCUGCAACAACACUGACUAACCUCCUGACUCCCUGAGCUGCUGGAUUUCUUGGCUGUUGGUUUUUUUUUACACACAAGGAGCUGAAGAAACACUUGGAUUUCACGGACACUUGGAUUGAUUAUUGGCCUUCGGUGCAUGAACCUCUUCAAGCUUUCACUGUGCUACAGCUGAACCUGAAGCAUGCAGUCCAUCAGAGACUUGAAGCCCAACUUCAGCGGCCCUCCUCCCUCCUCCAUGGCUGCUGGCCCCGAUGCCUAUCACCAGGGCAACAUCAGGAUGACUCUGGAGGACCCCGAACUCUGGAAGACCUUCCAUGAAAUAGGGACAGAGAUGAUCAUCACUAAACCCGGCAGGAGGAUGUUCCCACACUGUAAAAUUAACCUCUCGGGCCUGAUUCCAUGUGCCAAGUACAUCUUACUGGUGGACAUGGUCCCUGAGGAUGGAUUCAGGUAUAAGUGGAAUAAAGAGAAAUGGGAGGUGGCAGGAAAAGCGGAGCCCCAGCCUCCCUGCAGGACCUACCUCCACCCCGACUCUCCGGCCCCAGGGAGCCACUGGAUGAAGCAGUCCGUCUCCUUCCUCAAGCUCAAGCUCACCAACAAUACACUCGACCAGCACGGCCAUAUCAUUUUGCACUCCAUGCAUCGCUACCACCCACGCUUCCACAUCGUCCAGGCUGACGACCUAUUCAGCGUCCGCUGGAGUGUUUUCCAGACCUUCACCUUCCCCGAGACCUCCUUCACCGCAGUCACAGCCUACCAGAACACCAAGAUCACAAAGCUGAAGAUCGAUCACAACCCGUUUGCAAAAGGUUUCCGGGAUGAAGGCACCAAUAAAAAGAGACGUGCCAACAAGAGCCCAGCCUGCCUGGAGAAACGAGCCAGGAUGUCGGACAUCUUGAACAGGGACUCUGAGGAGGACAGUCCACCAGAUUUCUGCCCGUCAUCCUACGAGGGUUACGACGGAGAGGAAGUCGACCUGCCCAAAAGGAAAGAGGAUGAGGCAGUUAAAGAGGAGCGUUACUCCCCGUGGGCUGCAGAGAAGGAGCACAGCGUGAGGACGGACUCCCCCGCUGGGGCAGACCCCAGAGACAUGUACAACACAGAGCAGCUUGUUCCUGCUCCAGCCUCCUACCAGCCGUACAGGUUCCACGAGUACGGAAAGUCUCCCUCGCCGUCCUCCAGCAUCGGCAGCAGCAACAGCGGGUCCGGACGCAGCAGCUUUGAGUCCAGAGUCCCCGACGUCGCCACCGUGCCCAACCACGACUCUUCAAAGCCUCGCACACACGAGAUCGGCCCUUCCCCUUGCGGCCCCCAGCACCUCCCCACCCCGCAGGACUACACCGGGGUCCUAAACAUGACCAUGGCCCAGGCCGGCAAGCCCGGGGGGGUGAUCGGCCACCACAUCUACAGCCCAUAUGGCGCCGAGCAGCCCCUGGGUCAGUGGGGCGGCCCCGGUCCCGCCCAGUACCCCCCGCCUCACCACCUGACCGCUGACUACACCACGCAAGCUGUGCACCACGGCUAUCACCAUGGCAACGUGGCUGAGUGGAGCCAGUACCCGCUGUUCUCUUAUUCCUGCUGGUGAGCGGAUCUUCAGCGUUAACUGACUGAGAGUGACUGCACGGGGGCUGCGGGCCGACCCGCCGCUCACAGCUCUGAGGAUGCAUGCCCAGACGAGGCUGAGGGCCACAGGACCGCCACAACAACAACAACAACAACAACAACAGCAAAGACUGAAAGAUGGCGAGGAGGAGCCGCCUGUUGCUGCCUUCCGCUCAGAACCGGCAGGGUUCAGGCUCCGGUUGUAGGGGACUGAAAGUGUGCUGCUCCAUGAUUGUUUUACUGUUGAAUUGUCUAUUUAUUUUGUAUUUCAUCUCAUCUCCAAGUGGAAAUAUUAUUUUUGUAAAAGAAAAAGAGAGAGAGUAAAAACGUAAGUGUGCAAUUAAUGUCUGUCUUCAAAUUGUGAUGUGAUCUGAAAAUAAAAUCCUAAAAGUGA